AUGACAACGUUCAAAGAAAUAGGAAUCAACUCCUGGCUCAUAGAUCAGUUCAAGGUGUUAAAAGUCAAGACCCCUACUCCGGUUCAGUCCAGUUGUAUACCUGAAAUCUUAAAAGGACGUGAUGUUCUUGGCUGUGCCAAGACCGGAACUGGAAAAACUAUAGCAUUUGCUGCGCCAAUCCUUCAAGAGGUAUGUCUUUGUCAAAAAUUUUUGAUUUUAGGUAUUAAAAAGUUCGUCAUAUUUUAAGCUUACGCUAAAUUGUAUUUUCAUGCUUUUAGUUAGCUGUGGAUCCUUAUGGUAUCUUUGCCUUGGUGAUUGCCCCAACGAGAGAGUUGGUUUUUCAAAUUGCUGAUCAAUUCGCAGUCUUGGGGAAGCCGAUCAACUUGAAAACGUCCAUUAUCACUGGAGGCAGAUCUCAGAUUGAUCAAGCACAACAUUUGACUGGGUAUGCCAAUUCACAACGUUUAUUUUUAGGUUUUAUAUAUGUAUUGAUUAUAUACUUUGUUAACUUUGUUACAUCUACUGUAACAUAACGUAUUAAAUAUUUAACCCAAAAUGACAAGUUAUACAUUUUACACGACCAUAAUAUAGUUAAUGUUGCAUAAAUUCAGUCGUCCCCACAUAGUAAUAGCUUCGCCUGGCCGAUUGGCAGAUCACUUGAGAAGUGAACCUGAUGGUAUCGGUCGAUUGUUUAAACAGAUUAAGUACUUGGUGUUGGAUGAAGCUGACCAGCUAUUGGAUGGACAAUAUGCUGUAGACGUAUGUUUUCGAUUUUUUGAACUAUAUAUUUUGUGUUUAGUUGAAAGAAAUCAUGGAUCAUUUGCCAAAGACACGACAGACCUUGCUGUUCAGUGCUACAAUCACAUCAGCUAUCAGUAAAUUGCACGAGGUAAGUCGAACUGUGAACUUAACUUAUUAUACAUUAUCAUAUCUUGUUUAUUAUGGUCGUAUUUACAUAUUGUUUUAGGUAUCCUGUAAUAAGCCUUAUUUCUUCAACGAGAUCAAAGAAACAGUAACAGCAGACCGUCUCCAACAAUUAUAUGUUUUAACUCCUCUAGGGACGAAGGAUGCUUUUGUCGUGCACGUCAUCAAAACAUUGUUUGUAGCCACACCAAACACUUCAAUUAUAGUAUUUAUGAAGACUUGUAAACAAUGUCAGACGAUUGGAAUGUUACUCAAGGGAUUGGGAUUUGAGGUAUGGGUUUUAAAGUAAUAUAACUUUAUGUAGUAAAUAAGUAUAUCUGUUUUUAAACUUUAAUGUAAUACAUUACUUAUAAUAAUAUUGUUGUAGGCAGUAACCUUACACUCGGGCCUAAUGCAAGAACAAAGAUUGUUCGGUCUGUCAAAGUUUCGAUCAGAACAAGCCAAAAUUUUGGUAUGUACAGAUGUAGCAUCUAGAGGGCUGGAUAUACCUCAAGUUGACGUUGUCAUCAAUUACAAUGUACCAGAAGUACCGAAGACCUAUGUUCACAGAGUCGGAAGAGCUGCCAGAGCUUACCGAUUUGGAUCUGCCAUCACUUUUGUUACCCAAUAUGACCUGGGGUAAGGUGUAGCAUUGUUAAAGUGAUAAUAUUAUAACUGUUUUACAGUAGUAUAGUCACAGAUCUCGGUAAACUACUGUAUAUUUGACUAAAGCCUUGCUUUUACGCAUUUUUUAGACCAAAUAAUGAAUAAUAUUAUGUUCUAGAGCUCUGGCAGAAGUAGAAGAACAUAUCAAAGUGAAGCUUGCUCAAUUACCGGUAAAAGAAAAGUCAGUAGCCGAAGAUGUGGUAGAUGUUAUGGUACUAAAGAGAGAGAUUGAGAUCAGGAUAAACAAAAGAUGGAAGGAGGUAGAUCAGAGGAAGAUGACGUACAAGAAGAAGAAACUGAUGGAAGAGGGAAUAGCUGAUGAAGUGAUAAAGGAUAUCCUCGAGAACAAGCGAAGACCAAAGAAGGUCACGGGAAAAAAGCCGGCUGGCAGCAAGAAAAAGGCCCAGAAAAUCAAAAAGGUAAGAAUUUUGAUGAACUAG